AUGAUGCAGCAAAAAAGAAGCCCUGUUUCUGCUGAUCAAAGCAGCUUUAUGGACUUGAUGCCGAAAAGACUAAAGACUGAUGCACCUCUAACAUCCAAGGAGAAGAAAGAGAAGAUUAGUGAACGGAUUUCUGCCCUUCAACAGCUGGUCUCGCCUUAUGGAAAGACAGAUACAGCUUCAGUCCUUCUGGAGGCCAUGGACUACAUAAGUUUCCUUCACGAGCAAGUUAAGGUAUUGAGUGCUCCAUACUUAUGCAGUACACCGACACCGACUGAGGAGGGGAAGGAAGCGUACAGCCUGAAAGCCAAAGGUCUAUGUCUCGUCCCGAUUUCAUUAACUGUUGGGGUCGUGAGCAGCAAUGGUGCUGACAUAUGGGCUCCCAUUAAAACCACUCCACCCAAUAACUCGACAAAGUUGUGGGACGAGACGUCUGUUGUAACACAGAGCUGA